AUGCUUGUGGCCGCGGUCUCAACGCUGAGAGCAGGCCUCAAGAUCUUGGCCCCGACCAAACCAACAUGUAAGAUGAAGAAGUCUGAGUCCAUCAUCAACUUCGUUCUCGCCUCGUCGCGUUUCGACCGGGACCUCUCAGGGGCCACUGUUUUGGACGAGUACCCCAUGAGCCCGCAUAGGCCCGUGCUGUUCCAGCUGCGCUGCGGGAGGCCCUUCAUGGUGCCAGUCUUGGAGAAGCCCCAACCUCUCUCUACUUCCAGGCCCUACGGGCCGACAAACCAUGUGCCGCCUUGGGGCCGCACGGAAGCCGCCUUGGAUUUCCUGGACCAGGUCAUUGAUAGAGAGUCUGGGAUUGAGGCCCGCUUGCUGGCCCUAGAUUCGGCGUACCAGUACUUCGCCUCGGACAUGGCGAAGACGAUCAGCAUUCGCACUGACACUCCGAUUAA